UCCUCUGAGGUCUCUCUCGGGGGUCUUGGGGCACCGCUGGCGUCUCUUGGCCGCCUCUUGGGUCCCCAACCUGCCCUUGGCCCUGGCCUUUGCUGGGGGGCUCUUCCUGGCCGCCUCCCCACCCCACCAUUGCCGAACGGACCCCCCCAGCGCCGACCCCCGAAAUGCCUCCGCCCGAGGACCCUGCCUGCUCUACCGACCUCCGCUGCCAGGGGGCGCCCCCAACGCCUCCGCCGCCCCUUGCCCCUGGGGCUGGCAGUACGCAUUGCCCAUGGCCGGACUGUGGUCAACGGUGGUCACUCAGUGGGACUUGGUUUGCUCCAACCGCUGGAAGGUGCCACUGGAAGAAGCCACUUUCCUCCUAGGAUGGCUCCUUGGCUUCCUGGGCUUCGGAUCCACCUGCGACAGACUUGGCCGCCGGACCACCUUCGUCUUCUCUCUGAUGCUCUCCGUCCCGCUGGGCAUCACCGUCUCCCUGGCGCUGAAUUACGUGAUGUUCUCUCUGGCGCAUAUGCUCUUUGGUGCAGUGCUGGCGGGUGCCUUCCUCUCCCUCUAUGUUGCAAGGCUGGAGCUGUGCGAUCCUCCGCAGCGCCUGACGGUCAGCAUGAGCGCUGGCUUCUUCUGGGUGGCCGGAGAGCUGCUCUUGCCCGGUCUGGCCGUGGCCUGCAAGGAAUGGCGUCUCCUGCAAGGGAUGGUCACGCUGGCCCUGGCCCUGGUGGCCAUCUGCUGCUGGUGCCCUUCCCUGUCUCCGGAGUCCGUCCGCUGGCUCUUGGCCACUCAGCAGCUGGAGGAAGGCAGGAAGGUUUUGCGCAGCUUGGCUGACAGCAACGGCAUCCGUUCGGAGGAUGAUUUAGACGCUCUGUUUGCAGAACUGGACAACUUGUCCGAAGGGGUCCCCCGGCCAAAAUACUACAGCGUCUGCCAAAUCUUCUGUACUCGGGUUGUGUGGAAGAACAGCCUCAUCCUUGGCUUCACUGCGUUCAUUGGGAGUGGGAUCCGCCACUCUUUCACCCGCAACCUGGCUCCCUACGCUCCUCGGUUCUACUUCCCCUACUUCUUGCAGGCGGUCAGUGAGGCAUUGGUGCUCCUCUUCCUCUGCCUGACGGUCGACCGCUUUGGACGCCGAGCCGCCCUCCUCUUCAGCACCAUCCUGACGGGCGUUUCUUCGCUGCUCCUGCUGGCUUUGACUCAGUACAUGAAGUCCUGGCUGGUCCUGGCCCUCUCUGUCCUGGGCAUCCUCUCCUCGCAAGCGGUCACUGCCCUCAGCAUUCUCUUUGCCAGCGAGGUUCUGCCCACUGUGGUCAGAGGUGCCGGGUUGGGUCUCAUCCUGGCAGCCAGUUCGGUGGGCUGCCUGGCCACCCCACUCAUGGCCAUCCACAACAGCCGGGGCUUUUUCCUUCACCACGUGGUCUUUGCCUCCUUCACCAUCCUCUCUGUGCUCAGCAUCAUGCUUCUCCCGGAGACCAACCAGAAGCCCCUGCCGGACUCUCUGCAUGACGGCGAGAACCAGCGGCGCCCACCACUCUUCCGUUCUUCCCACCACCGCCGUCGCUCUGGCCGCCAGGACCACCUACCCUUGCUCUCAACCCGUUCUGGGGGGCACCCCUAUGACCCCGAGAGCUACGCCCGCCUGGUCACUGCCACUAAGAAGAUGCUAGGUAGCUCCCGGCAUGGAUCCGGCAGCUGGCAAGCAGAACCUUUGAUCCUAGAGCCCUCUCGGCAGCCUGGCACCAGGGAGGAGAUGUAGAUGCCAAGGGCCGCUGGACUGAUGGAGUGACUUGUGGAGGAUGGGAUGGACUCUCCCAGACUCCCUUUGCAAACAAGGAACAAGAAGGUGAGGCGUUGGGGUUAUGAAACUAGAGACUAGGCUGGAAGGAGCUUGAUGCCAGUCACAGGAGCGGUGCUGUGUGCCCAGUUGGUGGACAUCUCUGCAGAGGUGUUAAUGGAAGCCCCCUCACUGACCCACAUUGCUUGAGCCAUUGUUUCUUAUCCUGCUUCUCAAGGGGAGAAAGGACCGGCCGGAUUCUGAGUUUUCAGGUCAGUCUCCUUGGUGCCAGUUUGCACCUUCACCUGGUUGCUGGUAUCUGAAUAAAAAUGUGUGCCUCCUUUGUAGUUUGGUCAUCUUUUGCCGGCUUUGAUUCCACUGCACCCAGGUCACUGUUGCUGAAUCCCUGUUGUUCACUUGCAUCCCAAAUGCACCCAUUUAAUUUUGGGGAGGGCUGCCCAAAAAAACCCUCCUUAACCUGGGACAACUGAUACCGGGUUUUUCUCCUGAGUUUUCAAAAAACAUUUGCAGUGUGAAUAACCAAUGCGAAUAGACCCGAGAUAAUUUGGGAUUAAACUCUGCAUGCCUUGAGAAUGCUUCAAAUACAUCCUCAUUGUCCACUCCAUGCUGGCACAUGGGAGCAACUGAACUCCUAGAGAUGGGCAUAGAUGCAGAUCCAUGUUGUGAAUAACAAACCUGGAAUGCGUGAGAUGAUUCACAUCGUUCCACUAAAAAGAAAUGCCAUCUGAAUGGCCACGAAGGGGUUACCAAGUUGGGUACGUUGGGCAUCCCCAGUUUCAGCUGACAGAGUCCAGGGUCUAUCUUUGGUUCUCCAGGGAUGGACUCUGCUCCCCUUACCACCCACCCGGCCCCUUCCAGUUCCCCCUAUUGACCGUAAAGCUCCGCCAGGCGCCGGA